AUGACAGCCUUUUUGCUCGCCGAGGUGCUCCGACAGGCAAAUGUCCCAGCUGGUGUGAUGAACAUUGUCUUGAGAUCCCUGAUUGUCCAGGCUUCGGACCAUGAACACAUUGUUUUCGGAGAUGGACUCGACACUGGCUCCACCCUUGUGAGCUCGCCUCUUGUGCGAGGGGGUUCGUUCUCUGGAGGGGCCAAGACCGGAAUUCAGAUUCGAAAUGACUACGAGAAGUUCAUGGGCUGGGUCAAGAAAAAACUCAGUCGCCUGCAACACACAAUUGUUUCUGCCCAGGCGGAAUACGAGAAAGUCCAACAACAGGCUGUGAAGGAAGCCACCGAUGCACUUGAAGCUCACCGAGCUCGUGCCAUUACCGAAGUACCCGAGACUGCUGAAGUCAAACACUCCGCUGAACUAAUGCAAACCAUGUACGGCGAGUUAAGGGAACAACAUAAUCGUGUGGUUGAAGAGGCAAAGGAUUACGCCAAUGCGGUGCGCCGCCUCCAACUUGACAGACCAACUCACGCGUGCCCUGAGAUACUUGCUUACAUUGAAACCUCUAACCGAAACCAAUCCAAUCGAUCUGUCUUUGCUGUUAAGAGUGUUGAAGGUGACAUUGAGCCCCGAAUCAGCAGCAAGUCGACCUACCUCCCAGAUCUAGAAAGGCUCGACUAUGGACUCGACCCUCCCUUUGAGAGCUGGGUCAUUGAUAUGCGCGGCAAGCUUCUGUUUAACGCGGAUCACUACCCCACAUAG